AUGCCCGUGCAAUCUCCUAUUGCAAUCAGCAAUCGCGCUAUUGAACAUAUCGACGAUGUGGAUCCGCUGGAAUACCACGGUCAUUGGGAGCCAGUGGGCAUUGCACGCGUACAAAACACCGGCACUUCGGCGAUGGUGACAUUCGCCAAACGCCAACAACAGCCGUACAUUAAGGGCGGUUGCUUGCAUGACAACAAAUAUAUAUUUGAGCAGCUGCAUUUCCAUUGGGCCGACACGGACGAGUCGGGCUGUGAGCACACGCUGGAGGGUGUGAAGUACUCGAUGGAGGCGCAUGCCGUACACUACAAUGCCAAGUACAAGAAUUUUGCUGAGGCCAAAAAUAAACCGGACGGUUUGGCGGUGGUGGCGUUCUUCAUACAGGCGUGCGGUGGCAAGGAUUGCCCUGAGUUUAAGAAGAUCACUGAAGGCAUACGCAUUGUGCAGAAGAUAAAUACGAACGCAUCGCUAGAUUCGGAUUGCUUAUCCUGGAUUGGUUUGCAGGAGCUAAGCAAACAUUAUUACACAUACAAGGGUUCGUUGACUACGGCGCCGUACUUUGAGAGCGUCACUUGGAUCAUCUAUCGUACGCCGAUAUACGUCUCCAAGGGACAGGUGCAAGUAUUUCGCGAUUUACAGUCAUGUCCAAAGGAUGAAAGCAAGAAGAUUGUGAACAAUUAUCGUGAAAUCCAACAGCCACACAAAGAUCCGGAAAUCUACUUCGCGCGCAAUGCCAAACCAAAGUCGAAAUUAUGAUCUGUUGCUGGGCAACACGAUUAGAAUGGACAAACAUGAACACACACACACGCACCUAACACAAACAACCGACAAAGCAACUGGAAUUGAUGAAGUGUAAACUGAACAUACACACAGCUUAGAAAGUCACUGCUCACGCAAAUAUAAUUUUACUAUGCAUGCAUGCAUGUUGUAGUUGCAGUUAGGUUGGCACCACUAUGUACAUCCACGCGAAUGUACAACCACCGACGCACUGGACUACCCAACGCACCUCGUAUCACUCAGUCAUAUGUAUUUUAUUGAACACAUUGUCAUAUACAUACAUACAUACACACUAAUAACAUAUUUGUAGUAUGAUUGCCUUCAUAUAACUGAAAAAUAGCAAGCGACGAGUAUGUAAAUGCUAAAACAUCCGCAAAGGCAGCAUGCAGAAUGCUUAUGAAUUAUCGUUUACCGGUUGUUGUGUAACUGUGCAUUCCUCUUUUCUUAUUAAUACAUUUUAUGUGAUUUAUUGUUGCGAGACGACAAGGCGCUCAUCGUGUGUGCUAUCUCCGGGUAUUACUUACCUCUAACUCUUAAAAUACUGAUACAACUUUCCUAAAUAAUAGUAUAUGCUACUUUUAUUUAAUUUUUAUUAUAUUUAUAUAUACAUAUAACUUGUGUAGGGUCUACAUAUAUAACACAUAUACAUACUUAUAUAUGUAUAUGUAAGAGCAAGCAAAAGGGUCUAAAAAACAAGAAAACAAAAAAACACAAAACACAUUCCUCAUAGUUAAGGAUUUGCAAUAUGGAAUUUUGUUAGAAUUAAAUAUUUGUUUUAUGAAAUGUAUGUGUAUGUUUGACAUACCGUUUUUAUCACUGUUUGUAUGUAUUGUAUAAAGCUUGUUACGAGGAAUUGUCAUAUUUUUAUAUUCUAAAGACAAAGAGCAAAUGAUUUGUGCCGUUAGUACAUAAAUACAUAUAUAUUUCCAAGAAAUAUAAAUAAAUGCAAAGGAAAAUAUUUAAUAAUAUAUAUUAAUACAUAUAUAUAUAUGUAAAAA